AUGCAAGCACAAAGUUGGCGAAAAGUUUGGGUUGUCAUUUGUUAUGCUUUUAGUCAUGAACUCAUCAAAAAAUUCCUUCGCUUGUUCCAAUGGGAUAUUAGAGUUCCUAAAUUACCUUCAAAAAUUAGAAGGGAUUCAUUCAUUGUUCCAGAAUUUAGCAGCACUAUUGCAAAGCCAAAAGUAAAGAAAAGUCGACCACAAUUACAUUAUAAAAUAAAAAGAAGCUUUGCAGUGCCUGAAAAACAUGUAGAAAAGGAAAAGAUUAAACAAAGACAUGAGAAAUGGAAGAAAAAAUUUGAACCAUUUUCUACACAACCAAAAAAGAAACCUAAAAAAACAAAGUCUUCAACAAAAGCAACGUCAGAACAAAUAGACAAUAAUCAUAUGAUCAUUGAUUCAAAUAUAAUAAAUAAUAAGAAAGCUGACACCAACAAGAAAGGUCAAGAUAUUACGAGUAAUAUUAUUGAUAGUAGUGAUAAUUCAUCUAACAGUAAUAAUAGCAACAAUAACAAUAAUAAUGACAACAACAAUAAUAGCAGUGAUAAAGAUGAUUCAACAGCAUCGAAUAUGAAAAUUGCUGGAUCUUUAAAGAAAAAGAAAAAGAAUAAAAAGUCAAAGAAUAAAAAUAAAAACAAUGAUGAUGUAUUAUCAACAACACUGAAAAUCAAACCAAUAAAAUCAAUUAAAGCCAGGGAAAAAAUAAAGUAA